GAAAGAGAGAGAGACACAGAGAGCGAAAGAGAGGUUGAAGGAGGACGUCCCUGGGGUGAGCCAGGACAGAGGGAGCGCAAUGGAGGAGAAAGAGGACUAGCAGGACAAACUAAACUAGUUAGUCAAACUUAAACAAAGUCCGUUCAGUGUGCUCGGCGUCAGCUUGAGGGAGUAUGGCCGAGCCCCUGCUGAAGAGAACCUUCUCCCGGCUGCGAUCCCGACGGAGAGCCGCCGACCCCAAAGUCUCCGAUGUCUGUGUCAUUCAGACUUCUUCCUCAUCGUCAUCAUCAUCUAGCCGUGUCGGCCCCACCGCCCCGUCCUCAGGACAACACAUCACCGUUGCCAAGAAACAGCAGUGGGCUCAGCAGGGCUCCGGCCGGGACGCCCUCCCAGGAAACAGCCAGGCUUCAUCUGGAGGCCUCGCCGGGAGGCUGCCCCCAGCCCCGGCCCCUUCUGGAGGCCUCCCCGGGAGGCCGCCACCAGACCAAGACCAGCCUUCAUCUGCAGGUCUCACUGGGAGACAGACACUCGCUGAUGACAAGGGUUGUGGGGUGAGGCCUGCUGUUGGUCUGGACCGGGAGCACAGCAGCAGAUCCCAGGCCCAGGCCUCUGUCUGCCCCCCCAGGGGGCCCUACCUGCAGAGCCUGGAGCACAGCCGGCGAACCUGGGUAAUGUCUUCAGGAAAGGCCCAGGCUUCAGAUGAGGCCUCCCGGCUGGAGCCCUGCCGAGGUCAAGUGGAGCGUGGAACCAUCUGGUACAACCCCAUUCCGGAGGAGGAGGAGGAGCUGCUCUGGCGGAGGAGAGAGGAGGAGGUGGUGCUCGGGCGGAGGAGGGAGGAGGAGGUGGUGCUCGGGCGGAGGAGGGAGGAGGAGGUGGCAGGAGGGAAAGGGCCUUCAACCCUCACGCAACCUACCGAAGACCCCACACCCGUCUCAAACGAUGUCGCACAACCCAGCGACGACAUCGCAAACCAACCCGAUGAGAUCACAGUAGAACACUUAGAACUGCCUAGUAGUGUGGCUCCUCCCCCAGAAUCAAGCCCCUCCUCCCAGAAGAAGGUGGGCAUGAUUGACAGGCUGAAGUCUCCCGGGACGGUCCGGAAGCUGUCCAUGAAGAUGAAGAAACUUCCGGAACUCCGACGCAAACUCAGCCUGCGCUCCUCCCGCUCCAACCGCCACGGGAACAAGGCAGAGGGAGGGGAGGAGGGGCCCUCCUGGACCAAUAAGGAAACGCCAUCCUUGGCAUCGAAUCAGAACGUGCUCAGCAGAUAUCACCUCGAUAGCUCCGCCCCCCCAGCCAGGCCAGUCCGCCGGUCCUCCAGGGGGCGCUCUAGCAAAGGAGGUUACCUUAGUGAUGGGGAUUCCCCUGAACUGCUGCCACGGCAACCGGCGGGCUCCCAGAGGGCCCCGGAGGGGGGCUAUGAUGUCUCGUCCUUCCGUCUGUACGUGGGGGCGGAGCAGCCGCGCGGCCCGCAGAGGGUCUCCGGGCUGCUGACCGUCCACCUGCUGGGGCUGGACGAGAUGAGCAAGACCAGAUGUGACAGCGGGGGGAAGGAGGUGUUCUUGGCCAUCCAGGUGGACGGGGUGACCCGGGCCCGCACCUCCCUGCUGACCCUGAGGGGGGCGGCGCUGCCCCUCAACCACACCUUCCACCUGCAGCUGGAGAGAGCCAGGCAGCUACGGCUAGUGGUGCUAACGCCGCAGGCUAACACGGAUCCGUUGACCAAUGAAACACACACUUCCGCCUCCAGCGGACCAAUCAAAAACCGGGUCUGUUGUCUCGGAGGGCUGUCCAUCCCUCUGCUCUUCAAAGCCUGCCGUUCUCAGCAGCUGUGUGUGAAGCUGGACCCGAGAGGACUGCUCUACGUCAAACUGUCUCUGCAGGAGCACUGGAGUGUACCGUCGACCACCCCGCAGGAGGGCGGCGAGAGGGUGUUUGGGGUGGAACUGCACCACCUGGUGGACAGAGAGAGGACUGCUGCUCCCGUUCCUAUCCUCAUUCAGAAAACCGUGAAGGAGAUCGAGAGGAGGGGGAUACAGGUGGUGGGGCUGUACAGGUUGUGUGGCUCUGCGGCCGUGAAGAAGGAUCUGCGAGACAGUUUUGAGAAGGACAGUUCAGCCGUGUGCCUCUCUGAGGAGCAGUACCCCGACAUCAACGUACUCACAGGUAUAUUAAAGGACUACCUCAGAGCUCUGCCGUCCCCACUCAUCACCAGCCGUCUCUAUGACGAUGUGCUGGCCGCCAUGAGACUCCGCCCCCUGCAGACUGGCCCCGCCCCCCCGUGCCCCGCCCCCUCUGGCUCGGUCAACUGCCCGGUGGAGCUGCUGGACUGCCUGCCCCCCCCAGAGAAGGCCACUCUGUCGCUGCUGCUGGACCACCUCAGCCUGGUGGCCUCCUUCAGGUCCUCCAACAGGAUGACCCCCCAGAACCUGGCCGUGUGCUUCGGCCCGGUGCUGCUGGCCUCCACCGACGGGGUGCCGGCGGCCCGGGAGGGCGGCAGGGAGGCGGGGAAGGACAGCCCGCCCGUCACGGCCGUGGACUUCAAGCGCCACAUCGAGGUGCUUCACUACCUGCUGGCGCUGUGGCCCGUUCCGUCGGGCGGAGAUCCGGAGGAGGAGGAAAUCGACGCAGCUCCUCUCUACAGCUCACACCCGUCUCCACCCCCGUCACCGCCCUCGCCACCCAUUACCCACAACCCCCUGGGCCAGCAGCCCAGCCGUGCGGCUCUACGAUUGGCUCUGCCACAGAACCCCAAUCAGCAAGUGGUUGUUUCUCGUCGGGGGCGUGGGCUUGCCCGAUUGGACAGCCCUCCACCGAUCAAUCGCUACGCUGGUGACUGGAGUGUCUGCGGGAGGGACUUCCUGUCUGGACAGGAUGCAGAUUAUGAUGAAGUUGCUGGAAGCGGGAGUGAAGAAGGGAGCGACGAGGAGGAGAAGAAGGAGGAGGGGUGGUCUUCGGGAAGGAUGUUCAUGGAGGAGUUUGACGCUCCGUUCAGCUGCAGACUGAGCCUGAAGGACUUUGACCGCCUCAUCCUCGACCUGGACCGCGAGUUAGCCAAGCAGAUCAACAUAUGUCUGUAGCGAGUGUGUGUGUGUGUGGGUGUGUGUGUAAUCCAGACAUGACCAGCGGAGCUCAGAGCCUGUUGGUGAUGUUGACCAAGACAUGACCAGCGGAGCUCAGAGACUUCUGGUAAUGUUGACCCAGACAUGACCAGCGGAGCUCAGAGACUUCUGGUAAUGUUGACCCAGACAUGACCAGCGGAGCUCAGAGCCGGUUGGUGAUGUUGACCAAGACAUGACCAGCGGAGCUCAGAGCCGGUUGGUGAUGUUGACCAAGACAUGACCAGCGGAGCUCAGAGCCGGUUGGUGAUGUUGACCAAGACAUGACCAGCGGAGCUCAGAGCCGGUUGGUGAUGUUGACCAAGACAUGACCAGCGGAGCUCAGAGACUUCUGGUAAUGUUGACCCAGACAUGACCAGCGGAGCUCAGAGCCGGUUGGUAAUGUUGACCAAGACAUGACCAGCGGAGCUCUGAUACGGCUUGGGAUGGGGACUGCUGGUCAUAUGUUGAGGCUGUCUGACAGCUGCCCGCUUCACCGUUUCAAACACCACGCAGUGCCUUUGUGAUAGUAUUUUUGUAUUUAUGUGGCACGUCAGGGUAGAUGUAUAUGAAGUAUGAUGGGAAGGUCAGUUUGCACUGUUUAAGCCUUAUUCUAAACAAAUACGAGUAGUACUAUUCCUAAGAACCAAACGACUCAAAUAUACCAAAUACUAUUAAAUAAGCUAUCAGCUAUGCUUCACUUCAACGUUCUCAACAUCACUUGUGUGACCCAUUAAUAUAUGGCUCCAUCGCUGGUUACCAUAUCAACCUGGUUACAAUGGUCCGCUGGUUACCACCUGCCGGUUAAUGAUAUUAACCAACCGCAACCGACUAACCUGGUUGACAUGUUAACACGGAACAAUCUUUGUAAACUAUGAAGUGCAGAUUAUUAGCUGUGUCUGUUGCUAUAUAUUUUUGCCCUUUUUUGCUGGGUGUAUUCAAAUUAUAACCAAAACAAUCUGAUUGGACAGCUGUGCUGCCAGAUAGGUUGCCACGGUGACGCCAAUAGUAGGCUAAUGGAGGAUGUUAUUGAUGUAAGUUUUUUUUUCUGUUUUGCAUAAUGAACAUUACCAGGUGGAGCCAAACAGUAUUACUUUUAAUGUUGUUUUUAAUGCUAAUUGUGUUGCAGUUAAGCCAUACGAUGUUGUCAGUGUUAGGGCUGGCAGUGUGAGGGCGCCCCCUCGUGGUGUAUUGCAGUAUUACACACUCCUUUCAGGAACCGUGUUGGGUAGCUCUGACGGUAGCAGGACGGGAUGUUAGUCCAACGGUACGGAGAAUUCAGAGUUCUAACACGUCUGUAGUUUAGCGAUGUUACCCAUCUGUAGUUUUUCGAUUUCCAUCUGUAGUUUAGAACUCCCUCAUCUAAGUGUUUCAUCUUUAGUUUAGUGUUCUUACUCAUUUAAGAGUUUGUAUCCAUCUGUGGUUUAGACUUCCAUCAGUAGUUUAGAGUUCUAACCUGUGUGUAGCUUAGUGUCCUUACCCAUCUGUAGUGUGUUUUUCCAUCUGUAGUUUUGAGUUCCAUCUGUUGUUUAGAAUUUCAUCUGUGCUAUACUUUUACCAUCUGUAGUUUAGAGUUCUAGUUUCGAGCUACAUCUGUAGUUCUGAGCUCCAUCUGUAUCUGUCGUAUAAUGUUCCAUCUGUCAUUGAGAGUUCCAUCUGUAGUUGACAGUUCCAUCUGUCAUUGAGAGUUCCAUCUGUAGUUUAGAGUUCUUAACCAUCUGUAGUUGACAGUUCUAUCUGUAGUUUAUAGUUCCAUCUGUAGUUAAGAGUUCAUAACCAUCUGUAGUUUCGAGUUGUUACCAAUCUGCCGUUUAGAGUUCCAUCUGUAGUUUAGAGUUGGUACUCUUUUGUAAGGCAACACAAGGAAUUCCAAGGCCAUAUGUCAUGUUCGGUAAAGUGUACAUAUUCAGAUGUCGUGUAGUAUGGAAUAUUUUAGAUGUCAUGUUCUAAGCACAACAAAUAACCAUUUACAGUUUGUUUUAUCAAAUGUAUUAUACGUGAUGUAAUGGUGUGUGUAUUUUAUUUUACGUGUUGCACAACUUCAGUACGCACUUAUGUUUUACUGUUGGUGAUGAAGAUGAUGGAGAGGACAAAGAUGUAACCAAAGUAUUAAAGCACAGUUGCCCAGGCAGCCAGACGUCUGUCUCUUAUCAGACAAGUUAAUAAAAACCUUUUUAUUGUAGUCUAGGUGUCCGUUGUAAAUAGACUGUUCUUGACUAUUUUGCAGUAGUAUUUAUAAUGAUUUGACUCUCUAUUGACUUGACUAUGAUACAUUGAUAUGAUUGUGGUUAUUGUAGGCCUAUCAAUUAUUGUCAUAAAUUGAGAUAUCGCUAAUUGCCAUACGUGCUACUUACUAGAUAUUAUCAUAAAUUAAACAUGAGCCAGUCUAAAUCUUGCGAAUUCACAUUGAUAAUAAAAAAAAAAGAUCUGGACGUGUGAAGCUGCUAAAAUAGUGAGUGUAAUAUAGGAUACGAUAUGAUUAUAUUUCAGUAGUAUAUUGACAUGAGAGUUAAUCAUAUGUAUACUUUGUCAGUAGUAGCCUACUGUAUACACUCAUUGAAUAGAUGUGUUCAUAUUAAAGCAGUCAGACAGUUUCACAUUAUCAAAGUAACGAUAUAAAAUACAAUCAAACAAUAAAAAGGAACACUAAUUUAUAACCGAUAGUGUACCUUUGAAAAGUGUACCUUUGAAAAGUAAAAUAAAUAAUCUGAAAGAUAAGAAAAUAAAGACACUAAAAUACAGCUAUAAACAUAAUCAUUGCCAGCCCAGGG